AUGGACGGGGCAAAUGGCGUUAUAUUUUGGCAUGAAGGUGCGAUCAACUUAUGCGAAAAUUUGAAACCAGUUAUGCUCGUCUACUAUGGAGGAUAUGCAUCUCAAUUUUUUGUUACUAUGAACUCCUUUUUUUUUUUAUUGAUUCACGAAUAUCCUCAGGUGUCAUUAUUCACUUAUUACACAUCAGAGCUGUUGUCAAAGAAUUGCAUAAAAGAUUGGACGAUGGGCAAAAAUCCAUGUUCAGCUGAAAGGUUCAAGUCAUACAAUUAUUUCUACGUUAAGAUAGACGAUAAUCAAUACGUAGAUAGGGACUUCCUUGAUAUAAAAUACUUCUUCCAACUAUCUAUCCCUGCGUUGAAGAGCAGCAUAAACCAAAAACUAGUCACUGCAAACACGAAAAAUAGUGCUCCAUACAAUCCUGUCAGUCCUAGUAUUCCUGAAAAUAAUAAAUUAAUGAUAUGCGUGAUCAAAUUGUGA